ACCGCAAACACCACGACACCACGACACCACGAUCACCGCGAUCACCACGACCUCACAGGGUGGGAUACUAACACUCAAGCUGAUGCAAGACAGAUCAUAUUCAGCAGCGAAGACUACAGCGCCGAAAUCCUCCACACCGCCGAACUCCGCAACACCGAACGCCUCACAUCCCGAACUCCCCGCGACGAGCGAUCAACAACCUGCAAUCCACCGCCAUCGUUUCCACGACCGCUUCACGAUGAGCUCAGCUGCCUCAACAACGACAGUACCGAUACACCGCGCAACACCGGGCCGUAGCACCGAGCGCCACCCGAUUCCUCCGCACCGCCGCACCGCCGCAUCGCGCGUCACGAGUGACGACCAUCUACUUGCCGAUACGCAAGUACUUCUCCAGCCCCUCCCACCGCCGGAGACCAUCGACGAACUCCUUCUCAGCAUCUGUCGCCUGCCCCUUAGCUAGCUUCUUAGCUAGCUCCUCCAGCAUUUGCUGCUGGUCAACGAAGAAGGACUUGUCCAGCGACUCUGGCUGUCCUGUAAUAAUUCAGCGGUCUGAAUGUGUCACCAUAUGGCUGCGAUGACCACGUACCUUGGACAUACAAGUCCUUGACGUAGGACCGGAAGAGCUGUAAGCGGAAGUGCAUCUUAACUCU